CCUCUCCUUCCUACCCCACCUCACUUCAUCAUUAAACUCACACACAGUAACGGGGAGUGCAGUGUUGUUUCCGUUUUAAGCGAAUUCUGCACGGACUUCUCGAUUGGAAAACCAUGGAUAUGGAAACAGACAAAGUCACAGAAGAUGGAAGAUCUAUACCAGAGUGUCAACAGAUGACUGUACUAGGAGAGAAGAAGAGAGAACAGGCACCGCAAUUCUCCACUGAACGUGACACAUGUUUGAAACUAUUUGAAAAAUGGACCGAACAGGACCAGAUCGAGUUUGUCGAGCACUUACUGUCUCGUAUGUGCCACCAUCAGCAUGGCCACAUCAACACAUACUUAAAACCGAUGUUACAAAGAGACUUCAUUUCUAUGCUACCAAAGAAAGGUUUGGAUCAUGUAGCAGAGGGAAUUCUAUCAAUGCUAGAUGCCGAAUCACUCGACGCUGCACAAAUGGUGUGCAAAGAAUGGUACCGCGUCAUUUCUGAAGGGAUGCUCUGGAAGAAACUAAUUGAAAGAAAGGUCAAAACAGAUUCAUUGUGGCGAGGGCUGUCAGAAAGAAGAGGAUGGAUUCAAUAUUUGUUUAAACCCAAGCCGGGAGAGAAUCAUCCAAGCAAUGACUUUUACAGAGGACUGUACCCAAAAAUAAUUCUUGAUAUUGAUAGGCUAGAAAAGAACUGGCGAACAGGUCGACACAUUCUGCAGAGAAUCAAUUGUCGUUCUGAGAAUUCUAAAGGAGUGUAUUGCCUCCAGUAUGAUGAUCAUAAAAUUGUUUCUGGCCUGAGAGACAAUACUAUCAAGAUUUGGGAUCGUGUAACUUUGCAGUGUAUAAAGGUUUUGACUGGUCAUACGGGGUCCGUUCUCUGUCUACAAUAUGACGACAAAGUCAUCAUCAGUGGUUCAAGUGACUCGACUGUUCGUGUGUGGGAUGUAGCCACUGGUGAAAUGGUGAACACACUAAUUCACCAUUGUGAGGCUGUUCUUCACCUGCGAUUCUGUAAUGGAAUGAUGGUGACAUGCUCUAAAGACCGCUCUAUUGCUGUCUGGGACAUGACAUCCCCAACGGAAAUAGCUUUAAGAAGAGUUCUAGUUGGGCACAGAGCAGCUGUAAAUGUUGUUGAUUUUGAUGAAAAGUACAUAGUGUCUGCUAGUGGAGACAGAACCAUCAAAGUGUGGAACACCUCAUCCUGUGAAUUUGUUCGGACACUAAAUGGACAUAAGCGAGGAAUUGCUUGCCUUCAGUAUCGGGAUCGGCUUGUUGUUAGUGGCAGUUCAGACAACACUAUCAGAUUAUGGGAUAUUGAAUGCGGAGCAUGUCUCAGAAUACUAGAAGGUCAUGAGGAAUUAGUGAGAUGCAUACGUUUUGAUAGCAAGCGAAUAGUUAGUGGAGCCUAUGAUGGCAAAAUUAAAGUGUGGGAUCUUGUUGCGGCAUUGGAUCCCAGGGCUCCAUCUGGCACUCUCUGUCUCAGGACUCUUGUGGAGCACACGGGACGGGUCUUCCGUCUUCAGUUCGAUGAAUUCCAGAUAGUAAGCAGUUCACAUGAUGACACAAUACUGAUUUGGGAUUUCUUAAAUUGUGAUCCUCUAGAAGGUGGCAGUGGUAAUGCCAGCGGCAAUGCUAGUGGCAAUGCAAGUGGCAAUGCAAGUGCCAGUGCCAGUGCUGCAGAACCUGCUCCUUCCAGCCAAUGCCCACCAGACAACAGAACGCCAUCCCCUUCAUUUGGCUGAGACUUUUAUGGACUACCUUUUGACGGCCAAAAGUGGCAUUUUAAAGUCCUGACUGCAAAUGCUACCUACUCCCUGUAAUGUGUGGAACAUCACCAUUUUGACUUUGUCCAUUGUGAUUUGUGUUUCUCUCCAAGAUGCGUUUUGUUCCCCUCUAAUGUACAAUUUUUUUAUAAUCUGCUGUGAUGGUGCUCAACAAAGAAUAUUGCCUGGUAUGACGGAGGUUGGUUCAUUUUGUUAAUUUAAUUUCAUGAAUUAUUUGGAACUCAUUAUUUUAUGACUUUUAUAGAUGUAUGAAUUUCAGUCGUUUUAGACGGUCUAUUUAUUGAAAUGCGAAGCCCCAUAUUGUAUUAGUUGAUGCCCUUGGUGUUCAGUGAAACAUACAGUGCCAGCACAUUUACUAUCAUGGAUUCUGCUGCUUUUUUGCUUUACUCUUUAAGUUCAGGAGCAUUACCAGUAUGCAAUUUAUACUAGUUUGUGUAAUGGUAGUUUCUUUAAAAUGCAUCAAUUCAUAGCAUAUAUUGCAUACAUUUAAAGUUUCUUAAACUGAACAGUUCUAAUGAUUAAGGUCCUUCGCAUUUUAAGAGGUUGCCCAUUUCAUGUUUGAUGUCACUAUAUGAGGACAUGGUACUUAAAUAUUGUGUUUUGUGAAUGCCUUCAUUUUUUUGGUAGCUUUGGUAACUUGACAUUGGUUAACCUGCAUUGUUUAACUUUUUUUUUCUUUUCUUUUUUUGUACGGUCGCUGUCAGACCAUAGGUUACCCUCAUUGGUUAGGACAAAGAACCACUUGUUGUUAUUAUAAAUUUUAUUAGUGUAGUUUCUUGCCUUUCAAAUUAUGUUGGCUUCUCUCUCAACUCAGAUCUCAUAGUGUCAUGUCAGAACUGUUGCUCUCAACAAUUUUUUUAAAUGUUACAUGGUUAAUCUAUCAAUUCAAAUAAAUAAAAUUUUAGUGAAGCUCAUUGUUUAUGUUCUUGACAUUCAAUUGUUAUGAUUUAUCUUCUUAUAAAAUUUAGUUUUAGUAGUGCUGUUAUUUUAUUGUCUUAACAUUAAAAAUUUCAGAGGUGCUCUGGCAUUAACUGGCAAAGAGAGAAUUUUCAAAUAGCCGGCAUUGCACUGUUUAUGAGUGUGUGUGCUAUAGCUGUCACAUGUAUGUUCAGGGCUGGGCAACAACUUAAUCAUAAUAAUUGUCAGAAUGUAAAUACUAUUGACCUGUAAUUGUUUUUAUUUCUUUUUUGUUAGUUCGUGUUCUUACCAUCCUUGAGGUGUGUUUGAAUGGAAGUAUGUCUGUGUUUUUGCAGCUAGUGGAAAUUUCACAUUUCUACUGUCUGUUGUAUGGGUGUGUGUGUUAGUGCAUUAAGACAUAGUGUAUAUAUAGGUAUGAGAGCGACAGGACACUAACUUCUGAUGGGCUUCAGCCCAAUGUCUGUGAUUAAGUGAUAUUCACUAUUGUGCGUAUGAGCAUUCAUUGUAAGUCCUCCCAAUCCCUAGUGUUCAUCAAAUGAAAGUGUGAGGCUCAGAGACAUUAAAUUGUGUUUGCAUUAAAAACCAAUCUUCCUUUUCUUUUUGGUGCUUACUUAAGUUUAAAUUAUAACUGUUAUAUAUUGUAGCCCUGCUACAUUAAAGAAUGUAAAAAUAUACUGCUGAUGUAACGAAAGCCAAUUCAAAUCAGCACUUGUGGUCUUCACUUUCUUAGAAAUAGAACAUAAAUAGCCUUCACGUAAUGUUAACCUAAUGUUACACUGACUCCCAUAUAACUCAUUUGCUUGGAGAAUGUUAAAAACUUCAAUUUAAGUUUUAUUAAAUGUGUGAGUUAAUGUUUUCAAAGGUUAACAUCAAGUUGUACAGACAAAAUUAUAAAUCAUCUUUGUAGUUACCGUAAGUGCUCCGACACAAUACAAUUGGAAUGCGUUGCUACAUCUUGCUGCGCUACCGUGUGUAGUAGAUCCUCAAACAUUCCUUGUUGAUAAAGUAGUACAGGUCACUAAUUGUUAAACAAUUUUGUAGGUGUCACAAGCACUAGGCAAAUAUUGUUGCUAACUUUUGUGUCCUUGAGAACUUAAGUGCUUUUGUUAAACACUGAACACUGCCUUUGUACCUAUCUGCAUUGCAGGAGGUUUGCAUAAUUGGCUUGUUUAUUCACCAAUCUGGUGCAGGGAAAGCAGUGUUUGUUUGAAUUUCAAUGUCUAACUUAAGGACAGAAAUUCUAUUUAAAUUUUAACAAAUGGACCAAAACAAGAUAAAACAAGACAGGAAAUAUUUCAGAGGAACCGCGGGAUGAUAGAGUAAAGUUUUGCUGAAGUUUUCAGCAGAUUUCUAGGGUUGUUAACUCUAGAAGAGACAUUGAUCACUCUACAGCAAAAUCGUCUUUAUUUGUAACUUAAAUAAUACAAUUAAUUGAUCAGUCUAAGAGCUUGUCAAAAUUAAACUGAAUGCUGAAAUGUGCACUAGAAGGAAUGAGGCAAGUGAUAAAUUAAGUAUUUCAAACUUUUACACUUUUUAUUAUACUUGAAAGGCCAAGUAUUUGCAAAGUCUAUCAGCAACAUCAAGUACUAUUAACCCUAUCUUUACUUGAAAGUGGUUCAGAAGCUGUAAUAACUAAGUUUAAACCUAGAAUCAUGUCAUAGAGGUUUGAGACUUCUCAUCACUGUUCAUCCAAUUUUGCCUCAUGUAGGAACUGAAUUUUCUGAGCAGUUUUGCCCUCCUUUCACUAAGAUAAUGAGAAACUUUGACAAUUUAUUUUUAUUCAAGCUGUGUUGAAUUUCACUCAUUCAUUCAGUCAGUAACUUAUAUGAACUGACGUAUUCAUGCUCAUUCAUUACCUUAAAUUCCCAAAUGGAAUAGACUGAGCUCGGAGCGCUACAAGUAUGUUGUAUAUAUGCACAGCAAAUCACAAAGAGAAUCUUUGGUGUGUGUGUGGAGUUUUCAUGAGUGUUCUUUUCCAUGGCAUGAAUCUGUGAUGAAGGUUAUUUUUAUUUGAAUAGAGGCAGUUGAUUUUGUUUCUGGAAUGGUCUUUGUAUCCUUCUUGUUCACCGCAUUCCUUCUUCUAUUGUACUUUUGAGACAGCUGAGAUUUUCAAUGUUACAGAUGGGACUUAAUGUUUAGACUACAUACUUAUUUCCAAGUAAUGUUAAACAUUUAGUCCAUUCGAUUGAUUUUUCCCUUCUUUAAAUAAAAAGGGCCUUUAGUUGAUCAAAGCUAAGACAAGUCAUAUGCCUGUUAUGUUGGGUCACAACUAUCAUAUCACCAUGACAGAAUUUUUCAUGCGAUAUAAGCUUCUAUGGAAGACUUUGUAUAUUUCUUGUGGCCUAGAUUGGGCUUGUGAAAUGGUUUGCUUGAUUUUAAUCCCAAGACUUUGGAUCUGACAAUUUCUGUUGUCUUCCUCCCUUUUAUUCUGCAUCACUUUUUUUCUUUAGAUUAGUUUUCAUUUUCCUCAUCUUACCAUUUAUUCUUUAUUUGAAUGGUCUUGUUAUGGAAACUACAUGGUUGAUGGAAUGUGUGAUUCAAGGAUAUCUGUAAAAACAUGAUGCUGGCUAUCAAGACAAAUCUUGCGCCAUUCCAAAUAUUGUCUUGUUAAAUAAAUGUAAUCAUAAAUUGUAACAUUUUGUUAACUACCUGUACCCUCCAUUUGUCAUCUCAUCCUCAAAUAAAAAAAAUACACAUGUCUA